CUAUUUGAGGCAGUAAUUUCGGGGAAUGAAUCCAUUGCCAGAGAGUUGAUGGAUCGCGGAGUCAAUCCAGACCAUAUUGAUAAUUAUGGAAGGACACCACUAUUGAUCACAGUAAGUUCAGGGUAUGUAUCCAUUGCCAAAGAGUUGCUCCAGCGGGGAGCAAAUCCAGAUCAUGUCGAUGAAGGUGGGGAGACGCCGCUUUUCCUGGCUAUCGCGAAAAAGGACGAAGAGAUGGCGCAACUAUUGCUGGAACACCAUGCUGAUCCC